AUGGUUAAAGCACUACUAUUCAUCAAAGUUCAGCAAGAAGAGCAUGUGAACCGUUUCAUUAUAGAUGACAUCAGCCCCUAUACUCUGAAGCCUGUUUUCGACAUUAAGAAUAUCACUGGAUUCUUGAUUGAUGAAGUUAAUCUGAACUGUGAUGGAAUUAAGCAGAAAUCACCCGAUGCUAUGGCUAAUGCCACAGCCUUCUCUUAUCCAUACAAGGCUUUGGAACAACAAAUAUUUGAUUCUAAAGAUCAAUGUGGUUUGAUAAAACAACUGUUCGAAUUUCGAGAAAAGCCGUUGUCUAAAGAAGAAGAAGAAUUUCCAUUAGCCUACGGGAUUUUAGUAUUCCGCCGUCCAUCACAGGUUUUAUUUCAAAUGAGCGCUUUCUAUGAGCCUCAGAACGAGUACUGUCUUGCUGUGAGCGCGAAUGCUAAACCAAGGUUCAAGACAGUUAUGAAAAGCUUAGGAGACUGUUUCCCUAAUAUUCACGUUCUGGACCGCCCAGUGAUUCAUUGGGGUAAAUUUGAAAUUAUAAAUUCUACAUAUGCUUGCAUGGAAGAAGUUUAUAGAAAAGCAAAGCGUCCGUGGAAAUAUUUCCAGUACCUGGCUGGCGUUGACGCUCCAUUGAAAUCGAAUUAUGAAAUGGUUCAAAUAUUCAAAGCUUUAAACGGCACUGUCAACACGGAGAUAAAGUACUUUCAACCAGCCAGACUCUUAGAAAAGAAGAUUGAGGAUGCUCCAAUCAAGUUGUGGAAAUCAUCUUUAUCGGCCCUUAUCCCUUAUGAGGCAGCUAAAACUAUCGUUGAAAGUUCAUUAUCUCGAAAAGUUUUGAAUUUCAUAGAUGGGACGUAUGUACCUGAUGAAAGCUUCUGGGGUAGUAUGACUGGUAAUCCAGGAAUUUUCCCCGUAGCUGGAAGUGUCAACUCUUCAGGAUGGUUACGGUUUUUAACGAGAAGGAAGACAUAUCUGAAAAAAGUGCGAAACGAAACAGAAGCAGAGGGAAGAAUGCGAUCUUAUCUAUCCCGGUAUCAAAUUUGGAAUGAAAAUUGUGAAGGAAAGCUUGUAUCUGGAUCUUGUGUAUUCGGUUCAGCUCACUUGGGUCGACUAUUAACUCAGCCGCAACUGGUUGCUCACAAGUUUAACAUAGAGUAUCAGCCUGCAGUUUAUUUUUGUGUUCUGAAGGAAAUACGUAAUCGAUCACUCAAAGCCAUAAGUACAGUGGAUGUGAAGAAAUACCAGCAGAUUCCUCAAGUUGAGUUGCAGAAUGGAGUAGCUUUUGAGAAUUUAACUCAUCCAGAAUGGAUGCUUUAA